UCUAACUUGGCUUCAACUCCAACACUUUCCAAGUAUAAACGAUAAUCUGUAUAUAGUCUGAUAUAGUUUAUAUGUAUAUGGUUUGAACUCGUAAUGUGCAAGCGUGGAUUUUGAAAUAUCGAUCAGAUAACUACACCAAUAAGAGACUAGACACUAGCACCAGCUGUUCGUUCGUACGGCUAUCGUUUGCGUGCGACGAAUGGCUAAUCGAUUUUUGGAAUUUUAGAGUUGCGCAGUACGCCAGUGCUUGCCUAACAGAUGAAUUUUUGUGAAAUAUACAUGGGACCCGAUGUACCUUGAGCUUCACUAGUGAUUUUAUAGUGUUUUUUUUUCUUUAAAACAGAAAUGGGAAGAAAAUUGUGCUUCUUGUGCGAUAGGAAAAAGACUGCUGGAUUAGCUUUUCACAAGUAGGCUUCCAAAGGAUCCACGUACACGUAUUGCUUGGUUGCAAUUCUGUAAAAUAGAUUUUAAUGUUAAAAUGGAGAGUAAGGAUUUAUCAAAUUUCCAAAUAUGCUCUGGACAUUUUAAACCAAGUGAUUACAUUGAGCCUAGGGCAUUCGAGCUUGGAAAUAGAUUGGCUUUGAAGCGUGGUAGUGUACCCUCGAUUUUCGCAGUUCACGAUCGUUCAUCAAAAUCAAAAAAUAGCUCAGUUUCAAAAGUAACCAAGAUGUGUUUUGCUCCUAACUGUAAACAUUAUAGCGAGAGACAAAAAUGCAAUUUUUUUAUGUUUCCUGCAGACCCAGCGGAAAGAAGGAAUUGGAUUAAUCUCUUAAGAAGAAAAGAUCGUGAUCCAUCAAGGUAUUCUAGAGUUUGUAGCUGCCACUUCAAAGAUAGUUCUAGACAAAAUUGGCCCACAAUUUUUGAGCAUAACAGUGAUGCAGUUAUUCAGACAAGCAGUUCAUUAACGGACUCCAAAAUAUCAACUAGUGUGUUUGAUUUAGGGCCUGUAAGUCAAGAUCCUCUUUCCAGUGUCGUUAAAUUAGAACAGGAGGAAGAAAUACAUACAAGUGAUACAUUUGCUCAGCCAAGCAGUUCACUAACGGACUCCAUAAUAUCAACUAAUGUGUUUGAUUUAAAUCCUAUGAGUCAAAACCAUUUUUCCAGUGUUGUUAAAUUAGAACAGGAGGAAGAAAUACCAACAAGUGAUACAUUUGCUCAGACAAGCACUUUAUUAGCGGACUCUAAAACAUCACCUACUGUGUUUGAUUUAGAUCCUUUAAAUCAAAACCCCCUUUCCGGUGUGGUUAAAUUAGAACAGGAGGAAGAAAUACAAAUAAGACCUGAAUUUGCUCAAUCCUGUGGUGCCUUAACCGACUCUAACAAAUCGAUUAGUUUGUUUGAUUCGGACCCUAUGAGUCAAAUCUCUAUUUCUAGUGUAGUUAAAUUAGAAGAGGAUCUAGAACAGGGACAAGAAAUACAAACAAUUACACGAGAUACAUCACCUUCUGCAAUAGACAUUAAGACUGAAUGUGUAUUCUUUAUAGAAAACGAUAAAAUAAUCCUAAACGAAACAAUUGUAGAGCCUACGAAAAAAAAGAGAAGAAAACUGAUUAGGAAACAUUAUGUAGGAGACUUUACUAGAGAUGGCUUACUGAAAUCUAGAGGAUAUAAAAAGGCAUUUCAAGCUGCUAGAGUUAAAAUAGCAGAACAAAAACGACAAAUGGAAAGAUAUAAGAAGCAAAUUACAAGACUAAAAUGUGAAGUUAAGGACUUGACUGCUUCACUUCGUCCUUCCUUAAAAACUGAUGAAGCAAACAUGGGGCCUGUAUGUCCUGCUUCGUCAAGAGAUCUUAUAGAUAUAUUAAUAAAAGGUUGUAAAAACGAAAAGUUUACUCCUGGAGAAAGAGAAUUUGCUCUAACCCUUCACUUUUAUUCUCCUCGCGCCUAUAAUUAUGUUCGACAGCAAUAUAACAAAGCAUUACCUGAUACAACAACUAUUACAAAAUGGUAUCAAGAGUCUAUUAAUCAUAGUGAAAAGUCUGUGAUGCCUUGAAUUAUUUCUGAUAUAGAAAUAAAUAUUCUAAUUACAAGUUCGAAAAAGCAACAGUGCACUGUCAUUAGAAACUGAAAAAGACUUCUUUGGGUGCUGAUUUCCAUGUGUGCGAGAAGACCAAGAAUAUCGCCAAAUGUAUGAAAUAAACGGUCGCAUUAUGGAGAUAUGUAAUAAAUAUCGUUACAUUUUGCACUCUCCGACUUGGAGAGAUUUAUCUCUAGACAUCUAUAAACAUAUGGUGUUCCAAAAAACAUGUGCUAUCUCUCGUGGGGAGAUCCUCACGUAAAAAUAAGGUUUAUUUUUUAUAUUAACAUAGGUACGAUUCUGCUUUGUUGGGUAGCUACAGGGAGUUAAAAUUUAAUAUUUUUUUUCAUAUGAUUAUAAUUUUCUCCCAAGUACUUUUAGCGAUUCGAAUUAAAUUUUGAGAGUAAAAGUUAUUAUAAGUGCGACAUAUUUUAAAAUAAAUAUUCUCUACGUGGUUUGACUGCUGUAUACAGGGUGACUCAGUCUUCCGAAAAAAAGCGUUAACCUUUUUCGCCAAUCUACAAAUUAUUUUUAAAAUGUGCGGACAGGCUCUAUUUAUGAAGUAACUUUGUAUAUGCGCUAUAUUUGCACUCAUAUUUUGUAGAUGGAGAGAAGAUCUCAAAUAGAAAACUUCAUAUAGAAGUUUUUCGGACCAGUCUGUGCCACCCUGUAUAUAUAUAAUAUAUAUAAGGCGUCGCGUCGACGCACGACAAGAUAUUUACAUUUCAGUUGUAAAUUCGU